UCGACAGGAGCGUAAAUCCACGCUCGCAAAAGGCGGACCCCGUCUCUUUCCUCUCGUGCGACAUCUGUCUGGCCUCCUCCUCCUCCUCCUCCCCCCUACCUCCCCACACAACGCAGACAACUCCUCAAAUCUCACCACAGGACAACCAAACCACCACCUGCUCUGUUCCUCCAAUCCGCUGCCCUGCCUAGCCAAGCUCCGCCGUCGGCCAUGAGACGACGCGCCGGUGGCGCUGGCGCUCCUCCAUUGCCAGACACGCUCUCGGUGUCGCUUCUGCUGCUGCUCCUGCUGGUGGCGACCGAGCUGGGCACCGCGGCCUGCGUCUGCGGAGUUCUCAAGGCGGACGCGGUAGCGUCGGCGACGGCUGCUGCAGCAGCGCGGAAGCGCGGCCGCACGGUGCUUCAGACAGGACCGCCGGCGGCGGCGUGCGCCGGCGAGGCGGGAGGAGCGGCGUACGACGAGUCCAAGAGGAUGGUACCCCAGGGCCCCAAUCCGCUGCACAACUAGCCUGUACUGGCCUUCUCCUCAGGCUCUGCCGGCUGCCGCGGCGAGCUAGCAGUACGUACGUACGUGCCGAGGAGUGGACUGCAUGCAGUACCACUGCGCCCUUCCUUUUUGUUUAUCAUUUUCUCCUUGUCCUUGUGCCCAAGAGCACGCAUAGCAAUGCACACACGCUUUUCAGUGUUGUUGUUUAGGUAUCAGCUAGCUAGCCAAGUAGUAGGGCAAAUCGAUCAAGGCCACGCGAGAUUGUUGUACUAGUGCCAUGUGAUCUUCUAAAAUUACUCUAAUUCUUGUGA